CCGCGCAAGAGCCCGGUCGACUCGAACCUGAGGGUCCCCCAACCCCCCGACUCCCGCUGGCCGCGUCUGCCCGGCCCCCCGGCCACCCCGACCCCCAGGCCGCCCAAAGCCGCCGCCAGGCCCCCCAAGCCCCGCAAACGACCCACGCCCCGCGUCCCGAAGGACCGGCAGAUAUUCGGGCCAAUCAUGGUCUACCAGACCAAGUCGCCAGCACCGGUCGUUUGCCCUGACGUCUGCUCCUGCAGCCUCCAGGCAUCAGACAAUGGGCUGAACGUGCACUGCCACGAGAGGAGCAUCAGCAACAUGAGCCAACUGCAGCCCAGACCCUCGCAGCCGAAGAAGCUCUACCUUACGGGCAACUUGCUCCACACUGUGCGGCUCGGCGACCUGGAGACCUACUCGGGCAGCCUCGAACUGCUGCACCUGGGCAACAAUCGGAUCUCUGCCAUCCAGGAAGGUGCCUUUGGCAACCUCACCCACCUGCGCAGACUGUAUCUCAACGGCAACCACAUCGAAAGGUUGUCGCCGGCGAUCUUCGAGGGACUCAAGCGUUUGCAGUAUCUGUACUUGGAGUCCAACGUGAUCAAGGACAUUCUGCGGUCCACCUUUCACUCCCUGGCCAACCUCCACUUGCUGUACCUCAACAACAACCUGCUCAGGUCCUUGCCCAUCAGUGUGUUCGCUGGCACAAAUCUGACCAGGCUGAACCUGAGGAAUAACCACUUCUCUCAUCUGCCGGUGAAGGGUGUCCUAGAUCAACUGUCUGCUUUCGUUCAGAUAGAUCUUCAGGAAAACCCUUGGGACUGCUCCUGUAAGAUCAUCGCUUUGAAGAACUGGAUGGAGCAACCCAGUGCCAGCAUUGUGGUCAAUGAAAUAACUUGUGAAUCUCCAGCGAGGUUCGCAGGGAAACUCCUGAGACCGCUCAGGAAUGAGGACAUCUGCCCAGAACAUUCUGAUAUAAUAGCUGCCACAAUUGUGGCUGUUACAUACAGCUCAGAUGCUGCGCAGAGCAAUAGCCAGUCCCCAAGUCCAGGACCAGCCCAGUCUAGUGCAGUUCCACUCUCGGUUCUUAUUUUAGGGUUACUGGUCGUAUUUAUUUUGUCCGUCUGUUUCGGAGCUGGUCUGUUUGUCUUUGUGCUGAAAAGACGUAAAGGCAGUCAAAGUGCCCACAACAGUGCAGCCAACAACUUAGAUCUCAGCUCGUAUCAACUUCAGUAUGGCUCGUACAAUGCUGGUCCAAACGACAAAACAGAAGCACACGUAUACAACUACAUUUCCCAUCCUGUGGGACAAAUGUGCAAGAAUCCAAUCUAUAUACAGAGAGAAAAUGACCAGGUCACAUAUUUUAGAGACCUACAUGAAUUAAGUUACAGUGGCCUCGAUGUCAAGAAAAGAAAUCAACUCAGAAAUCCUACUUAUACAAUAAGCACGGUUGAGUUGUUAGAGAAACAGCCAUUGGCUCCAAGGCAGCCUGAAUUGCUGUAUCAAAACAUUGCAGAAAGAGAUAAAGAGCUUCCAAGCAGCUUGAAUGCUCAUUACAGUUUCUGCACUUUACCUAAACGCCAGUUUACUCCGUCGUACGAAGUUAGGCGCCAAAAUCAGGACAGAUUAAAUAAAACAGUUUUAUAUGGGACGCCGAGAAAACAUUUUGGGGAACCAUCGAAAAUCGAAAACCUUUCCAUCCAAGGGAAGCUUCACACAGAACCAGACUACCUCGAAGUGCUGGAGAAACAGACUGCAAUCAGUCAGUUGUAAAAUAUAGCUUAACAACUAAAAGUACAGUAUGUUUUAUUCUAAUAGACCUUCAAUACAACAACGUUUUGACUCAUUAAAGGUAAAUCAGUGGUGAACGUAAAUACAAGAGACUGAAUCUUGAUUCUCAGUAUAGUUUUAUUUCACUGAUGUAUAAAUGAAGAAUCUUACAUAUAAUUAUUGGAUGUGGCAUUCAUUUCUAUUUCUUAGUUGUCCCUGGCAUAUAUACACAAUAUAUCCUAUUUUUGUUGCAGUAAUUUGAUUUCUUUUGCUUACCACUGGUGUUGACAAUUUGGUCAUAUUGUAUAAGAUUUGUGUUUUAAAUUUCCAAAGACCUAAUUUUUUUAUGGUGAGCUGUUUGUAUGGUAUAUAGGACAUAAAGGGCAUUUUUGACGGAGGACAUUAAUUAUAGUACCCACACAAGCCACUGGGCAUUUACUCUUAGGCUGGAAGUGCCUUUGCACUUGAAGAAUAAGAACACUUUAUCUCCGCUGUUCUUCAGCAUUGUACAGUGGAGGUCUUUUCCAUGCAUUGUAUUUUUGGGGGCUGAGUAUUUA